AUGGAUGGAUGUUGAGAUAUUGGUGUUGACAGUGCUAAUACUCAGUACAGGCAAAUUGUGACGUUACUUUAUGGUGUGCUUUUAUCUUUCUCAAUGAGAACUUAAACACACUUUCAGGCUAUCCUAUCACUUCUCUUUACUAUUUUGAUUGUCAUCGUUUAAGUAUUAAUCAUGGGAUUUUGUUUAUUUUGGUGACAUUGAUUCUGUUCAUUGAUGGAUUUAUUUUGAAACUUGAGUUAAACAUUUUGAAUAAAUUAUGGUCUUUUGCAGGUGAAAUCUAGUGUUUAGUUACACUGCAUGAAUGUUAUGGGGACUGCACUUAAAGUUUGGAAAAUUUUAACAGUGUUUUGGAAAAUUAUGCUUUAAAUAUGCAAAGCUGUAAGAAUGAUUUGGUUUCCUGGUUUUCUUUAGUUGGUUUAAAGUCACACAAAAUAAAGUAACAAUUUAAGGUUAAAUAGUUUGUUCAGGUAUAUUAUUUCUAAUCGUUGUUGGAACAUUUCCACCACCUGCCAAGAAAACUGUAACGGAAAUAUAAGCAAUUGUGGUAAAACCAGGGGACUGCAUGUAGAGGCUCAGAAUUUGCAUGGGGGAGGAGGCUUAAUUACUAAGACACUUGCUGUGACAUGUUGAUAUGAAUGAUAUUUUCUCCUGCUAAGUCUUAACAGGGACAGAUGAUAGUGCUUUUUUCACUGAAGAGUAUGAGAAGUUGUUUUAACCAGGCUUGGAUCUAACCCAUAAAAACAUGUAUACUUUCAUAGGAGCUACUCUUCCUGGAAUUCUUUUUUUUAUCUGUACUUUUUAUGUCAAGACGUGCAUGUCGCUGGAUAACGUGACAGAGAAAGGCCCAGCAGAUGAUUAUUCCACCGAUACUCUUGACAUGGACUACAGUGCAUAUGUAAUAGUGUGUGAGAAGCAAUUAAACCGCAAAUUCCGCGACUGGUUUAUGCCCACCAUUUACUCGCUUAUUUGCUUUGUAGGCCUGGUGGGUAACCUGCUUGUGAUUCUCACCUAUGUUUAUUUUAAACGACUGAAGACGAUGACUGAUGUGUACUUGCUCAACUUGGCAGGAGCUGAUCUUCUCUUUGUGUUGACGCUGCCCUUCUGGGCAGCGAGCUUCCUCGAUGAAUGGAUGCUAGGGCAAUUCUUAUGCAAAGCCAUGUACAGCAUUUACAAGCUCAGUUUCUAUAGUGGAAUGCUUCUGUUGACCUGCAUCAGUGUAGACCGCUAUUUUGCCAUCGCUCGGGCUAUUUCAGCUCACCGGCAUCGUACACGUGCAGUCUAUUUCAGCAAGGUGUCCUCAGUUGUGCUCUGGACUCUUGCCCUACUCUUUUCAGUACCUGAGAUGGCAUACACCGGAGUCAAUGAUAAUCGUACUUGCACAAUUAUUAAUUCAGGUGAGAAAAAUGUGCGAAUGACCAUCCAGAUAGGCCAGAUGAUUGCAGGGUUUGUCCUGCCAGCUGUGGUGAUGGGCUUUUGCUACUGUGGAAUUGUGCAAACACUGAUGCAGGCACAGAACUUUGAAAAGAACAAAGCUAUCAAGGUCAUUUUUGCUGUGGUCGCUGUCUUUUUGCUCUUUCAGUUGCCCUACAACAUAGCUAUGCUAAUAGCCACAAUUAACACAAUCUCAGGGGGCAGUAAGGAUUGUGUGUCUGACAACAAACUGCUUUUUGCUAUAGACAUCACCCAGAGCCUGGCAUUCACACGUUGUUGCCUUAAUCCUUUCCUCUAUGCCUUCAUUGGAGUUAAGUUUCGUCACGACCUGUUCAAGUUGCUCAAAGACCUUGGCUGUGUGAGUCAGGAGCGUUUCUUCCAGUAUACCACCUGCUCCAGGAAAAGGUCCUUUGACACUAAGGAUACUGAAACCACCACUUCUUUUUCUCCGUAAGCGCAGCAAUCAUAUUGCUUUGGUACGAAUGGCCAUCAUCAAGCUAAAUAUGCUGUAGAUCUUUAGCUCCUCUAUUGCUCAAAUUUGAAAUAUUUAGCUAAUGCAAACAGUUCACAUUCCCCGUAAACCUUCAGGACACUAGAUAUGCAGUUAUCCAAAUAUAUAAUACAAACCUACCAUUUGCUUGAGACACUCCCAUUGCACAGCCUUUGUAUUUCUCUUUAUCGCUAUAACAAUGUUUGUUUUCAGCCGGUCCAGUGAUGUUCUGCUUAUAACCAAAAUGUGUUUUGACAUGGUAUGUCAAGUGAACUGAUCAUAUUCAUUGUAUUAUAUAUUAUUACGGUGUAAUCAAAAUGAUUGCCAUUUUGUAUGAGAUUAAUUGUUCGAAGAAUAUAAUACAUUUAAAAAUGUUCAUACACACACACACAUACAAAUGCUAUUACUCGUAUUGUUUGAUUAUGUUCUAUAUUCCAUCCUCUAUUUUUAUCUGAAGUUUUUCUUCUACAAUGAAUGUAAAAUACCUAAAGAAUGGGUCAAUGUAAACAUUAUAAAGACCAAUACAAAAUAGAAUUCCAUUAUUAUGCUCUUAAAAUGUUUUAAUCAACUGAAUGUCUGGUUUCUUGGUUAUCUUUAAUUUCUAAAAUUAUGGAUCUUGGCAGCAUAUUAUAAAGCUACAUUAAUAUUGGUUAUGUUUAUACAGGCUUAUCAUAUUAAUGUUAAAUGCUGAAAAUUAAUUCCAUACUUUGUAAAGCAUGGCAAAAAAUGUAAGUUAGUCAGCUCAAAAAUGCAAAUGAUAUCUGGAAUUAACUCUGUGCUCCACUGAAAUAAUGAUAUAUGUGUAUUAUUGUGUUGUUGCAAAUAAACAAAUAAUCAACUCA